AGAGGGCAAUGGGGCUUCCUCCCAGAGGCGGUGCGGCGCAGAGGAGCGCGCGCAUCACAAGGUGACCCCCAGUUCCCCGCCGCCGCUGCCGCCGCCGCCGCCGACCGCGCGCUCGGACCGCUCCUAGCCUGCCCAGUCUUCCUGGCUUUCCCCCGCCGCCAGCCACCAUCUGUCCGGCCGCUGGGGAACCCCGGGAGCUGGGGGCUCCUCCUCGAAGCUCACUUGGGUCUUGCCCCCUCCCCCCUUCGGAGAGCCCCGGCAUGGAGAGCCGAAAGGACAUGGUUAUGUUUAUGGAUGGGGGGCAGAUUGGCACUCUGGUGGGCAAGAGGGUCUCCAACCUGUCGGAAGCCGUGGGCAGCCCGCUGGCCGAGCCGCCGGAGAAGAUGGUGCCCCGGGCUUGCCUGAGCCCGCGGGCCGGGGCUGCGGGCGCCCGGGAGCGCGGCGGGGGAGGCCCGGAGGAGGAGGCGGCUGACGGACCAGCAGGCAGCGCCGCGGGGCCAGGGGCCGAAGCGCGCGGGGCCGGGGCGACUGUUCUCGGGCCCGGACCUCCGGCUUCCUGCGCCGAGAGCCUCUCGGGACAGGGGCAGCCCAGCAGCUCGGACACCGAGUCGGAUUUCUAUGAAGAAAUCGAGGUGAGCUGCACCCCGGACUGCGCCAACGGGAGCGCCGAGUACCAGCACAGCAAAGGGUCUGGCUCUGAGGCGCUGGCCAGCAGCCCCAGCAGUGGCAGCGAGGCCCCCAAGGGCCAAGGCGGCAGCGGCUCGCAGAGCACCCUGACCUGCAGCGCCAGUGACCAGAUGCGGCGGUACCGGACUGCCUUCACCCGGGAGCAGAUUGCAAGGCUGGAGAAGGAAUUCUACAGGGAGAACUACGUGUCCAGGCCCAGGCGGUGCGAGCUGGCAGCUGCCCUGAACCUGCCCGAAACCACCAUCAAGGUGUGGUUCCAGAACCGGCGCAUGAAGGACAAGCGGCAGCGCCUGGCCAUGACGUGGCCGCACCCAGCCGACCCCGCCUUCUACACGUACAUGAUGAGCCACGCGGCGGCCGCGGGCGGCCUGCCCUACCCGUUCCCGUCGCACCUGCCCCUGCCCUACUACUCGCCCGUGGGCCUGGGCGCCGCGUCGGCCGCGUCGGCCGCCGCCGCCCCGUUCAGCGGCCCGCUGCGGCCGCUCGACACCUUCCGGGUGCUGUCGCAGCCCUACCCGCGGCCCGAACUGCUGUGCGCCUUCCGCCACCCGCCGCUCUACCCCGGGCCCGCGCACGGACUGGGCGCCUCGGCCGGUGGCCCCUGCUCCUGCCUCGCCUGCCACAGCGGCCCGGCCAACGGGCUGGCGCCCCGCGCCGCCGCCUCGGACUUCACCUGUGCCUCCACGUCCCGCUCGGACUCCUUCCUCACCUUCGCGCCAUCGGUGCUCAGCAAGGCCGCCUCGGUCGCGCUGGACCAGAGGGAGGAGGUGCCGCUCAACAGAUAAGGCGCCGCCCCGCGGGCCGCCGGCUCCAGGACGCCCGUGGGGGGCCCCCUCGCCGGGGGCACGCAGCCAGCCAGGACCCCGACGACGGUGGAGGUGGGGGGAGGCAGAGGGGCCAGACAAGGACCUGCGGGACUUGGCUUGGAGGAUCAAGGGACUUUGGGGAGGUGGCCUGGGCGGGUGCAUUGGGAGCAGAAGACGGGAUGGGGUGGGGGGCACCCCAGGCUGAGAACUUCUUCCGGGCGCCUCCUUUUUUCCUCACCGGACCCGCUGCCCCUCACGCGAGUUGAAGCAAUGGCUCCAGUGCGAUUAACAACUUUGCAGCGAGAGUCACCAAUAUCCACCCCUCAGCUUCCUCCCAACACCCCUUCCUCACAGAGGAGGUGCCCACUUUCCUCAUCCCCUCUGCCAAGGCCAGCCUCAAGCUCAGCCAAGCAAAACAGCAGGGUCUCUCUUGGAACGUAGGCAGAGCAGGUAGGGAGGAAUCGGCUAGGUUUCCCCCAGCCAUGGCAAGAGGCUUGUGGAUGGCUGUGCAGGGCAAAGAGGGAGAGAUGAUUUACUAGCACUGAGAAUCCGAACCCUCCCGUGGGACUCCGGUCUUGCUGAAUCUCCUCUUAAACAACAGCUCCUGGUUCUGGUACCCACUAGCCUGGAGUUCACUCUCUUCCUAGCUUCCCAAUACCUGUCAACUUGCAGCCCCAGCGGGACUUUUUGUUUGGCAUUAUCGGGCAGGCUGCAGAUGCCCUAGGCCCCCUGGGCCAACUUCUCCUCAGACUUUCCUCCCUGGGCCAGACACUUACCCUGAUUAGCAAAUGAUGUGCAGGAGGAGGGAUUUUGAAUGUUGAAUGUAUAAUAAUGAUCAUCACUGCGUGGCUGGCUGUGAGGCCAGAGCUGAGCUGCUAACAAGGCGCCCAGGGAAGAGCAGGAACCUCAUCUCCCUCCCUCAGUAUCUGGCAGCAAAUUAGAGGCCAUUUCCAGCCAUUGCCUGUUUGUUCAUUUCCACUUCACCAAGAGCUUUCUGGCCCUUGUCUUUGCAAUUGGUCUUUCACAUCUUUCUCUUUCCUCUUUCCUCCCAAAGUAGGGGAGACAACGGGAUGGCAUUCAUUCAGAUCCUAGUGGGAGCUUUCUGUCCUUUUUCUGGGACCCCCCAUUGCUCCCCUUCACCAGGGUGGGCCAGCUUGUCUGGAAUCCAUUCCCAAAUACCCAUUUCCACACCCAUUCUUGCAACCAGGUUUUGAGGGAGAAGAUAAUGUGUACCACUCCUGUCCUCCCAAUGCAAGAUCCGCCCUAAUUGGAGGGAAUCAUUCUUUCUGUAGGGAAUAAAUAUGGUUUGGUUUUCCUUGGAAGCCCAAAGAAUUUGCUGUUACAGUUUGUUAACCAUAUUGCAA